AUGCAUUCGCUCGUUCACGUCCUCACCUUCCUCCUCGCCUUCGCGAGUGCUGUCCUCGGCGCCCCCAACGCAAAACAUCACCAGCCCCCCGGCGGUACGGCGUAUUGCUAUACCCAACAACUGACUUCCAAGGGCAAUCUACACUACACGAGAUGGUCGACUUGGCACACUUGCACCAAGACAAAGACGUCAACGAAGACUACAACCACGACUGCAGUCACGGUGUCUACCGUCACUUCGACGACGGUGACAACAGCAACCGCGCCGGCCACCACGAACACGGCCACCGACACAACGACAAUCACAAGCACGACCACAUCCACUUCGACAUCAACGGCAAGUGCUAGCACAGCGACGACGACGACCGUACCAGCAAUCUUUGCGCCGAUCUCGGACACCCUGCCCGGAGCAGUGUACAGCCCGAUUGCUGCAAGCAAGAAGAAGCGCAGCGACGGCGGUAAUAGCGAGCUCGAUGGCUCCCUGAAAGAGGCCAGGAGGAUCCCAAAGCAAGGCUGGCCGGGUCCUGUGCAGUGUUGGUCGUACCCGAGCACGUGCGUGACGUCGACGGCGACGAAGACAUCUACUACCACCGUCCACUCGACAAGCACCACGACUACGACCACCACUUCCACGUAUACAACGACGCCGGGCGUCAGUACAACGAUCACCGUCACAGUCAAUCCCACAACGACCGUGUUAACUACCGUCACUUCAACCACGACAAUGACAACCACUUCGACUGUCACUAGCCCAAUUGACGCAGCCGCCGCUUGUGAGACGACGGCCUACUCUAAUUAUGCAGACUACGUCGGUACUUUCCCUAUUGCGGAAGCGGAUGGGACCGGUCCGAAUUAUAAUGGCUAUGCCUCCCCAGACUCCGGGAACGAUUCGGUGUAUGACUGCUGCCUCGCCGCGUUUGCGGACCCCGUGGGCGUCUUCUUCGCCUACCAAAUAGGCCAACCCACGGGAUUCUGCAACGUUCUUGAAGCGAACACUUGCACUGCUGGGCAAGCCUCCGAUCCAGGAAAUACUGCGGAUCUCGGUGCCGCCGGAAGCACGCCUGUAUACAUAAUUGGAAAUGCAGCGUGUGGAACAGUAAGCUUAACUACGUCCGAAUGA